AUGGAGCCUGUUGUGCAUCCCAUCUUUGAAAAACAAACAGGGACUUGGCAGUACAUCAUUGCUUGCCCGAAAACCCGUCAGGCCGUCAUUGUCGAUCCGGUCCUCAACCUGGACCUAGCCGAGCGAGAAAUCACAACCACGUCAGCGGACGAACUUUUGACUGUUGUCGCAUCCAACAAAUACACUGUUAUCCGUCUCCUAGAGACGCACGCUCACGCCGAUCAUCUAACAGCUGCUUAUUACAUUCAACAAAAGCUGUUGGUAUCCGGUCAACCCAAGAUUCCUAUUUGUACUGGCCAUCGGAUUAGACUGGUGCAGGAAAACUUUGCCAACAAGUACGGCGUACCAAAAACCGAAUGGGAUCAUGCCUUCGACUACCUCUUUGGUGACAACGAGAUUUUCAAUAUUGGCGACAUCACUGCGGAAGUGCUCCACUUACCCGGUCACACCCCUGAUCACAGUGGAUACUUGAUUGGUAGUAACGUUUUCACCGGUGAUUCGAUAUUUAACCCUGACGUGGGUAGCGCUCGAUGCGACUUCCCGAAUGGUGAUGCCAGUGUCUUGUAUCAUACCAUGCAAAGGCUACUGGCUUUGCCAUCUCACUACAAGCUCUACACAGGCCACGACUACCCUCCGGCAGAUGCCGGUCGGGAACCAAUGCCCUUCGUGACAGUGGCAGAGCAGCUGAAGAGCAACAAACACAUCAAGGAGGGAACCCAGGAGCACGAGUUUGUGAACUGGCGACGAGAACGCGACUCCAGCCUGAACGAGCCAAAACUCCUGCACCAAGCCUUGCAAGUCAACAUUCGAGGAGGACGUUUGCCACCAAGCCACGAUGGGAGUCAACGUAUCUUCCUCCAAGUGCCUUUCCGCGCUCCCCAGGCUCUCUGCUAA